AUGACAAUUAUCCAGUUUGAUGGUCGACGACGACGGAGGAUUUCGCCUGUAGCUGUCAAUUCUAUCUUCGACACACACAUUCCGCUCCUUUCGGAUGAUAUAUUUGUCGAAUACACCAAGGCGCGGCUGCUGCAGGGCCCGCAAGUUAUUGACAUUAUUCUACCAUCAGGAAUGGACCGGAGCUUGUUCAACAAGGCAUUCAAGGCGCUAGCAACUACCUUCUUUGGCGUAGAACACAAGGAGAAAAACGUUCUUAGCCAGGGCCUGCUACAAUAUGGAGAUGCAUUAAGCAAUGUUCACCAAGCUCUUGGCGACCCAUCACGCCAUCAGUCUUAUGAUCUUUUCGAAUCAAUUUCAGUAAUGGCACUUUUCGAAUUUCUUAUAUCCGACAAUGAGCAUGGUUGGCUCAGUCAUGCUGAAGGCAUGCAAAAGCUCAUGUCUCUUCGAGGCCCAGACUCAUUCAAAACUUACCCAGACUAUAUUAUCCUUCAGGAUUAUCGACCAUCGAUAAUUCUCUCGUGUGUUUUGUUGCGAAAACACACGAUUCUAUCUAAGCCUGAAUGGAAGUCAAUUCCAUGGUCUCUUUACCCACACCAAAAAACGAAAAUGCAAUUUUUGAUUGACAUACUGGCCGACUGCCCAGGUUUGUUUAUUCACAAAGAGGGAAUAGAAUCCAGUCCAUCAUCUUGUGAACGGUCUAUUGAAUAUUCCAAGCUACGCAACAAUAUUUCUAAUGUCUUGGAUCAACUCCAACAAUGGGAACAAGACUGGACAACAAAUAACGGCGGAUGCUCUUGGGAAGUCCCCGCUCCAGUUACGACACCCAUAAUAGUCAACCACUGGGGCAGACCUGUGCCUGCAUGGGAGACAGUAAUAGAAUACGAGUCGCUUUAUCACGCUAACACUACUGUUGUGUUUAAUGCUACUAUGAUCAUGGUGCAGUUACUCGCAGAUCAACUCACGUUCUCCGGUGAGCUACCACGGGAUUCACGAAAUCAAGGCAGUUUUCCGGAUCGAAAAUUUGCCGCAGGUCUUACGAUAUGCCGCAGCGUUGAAUACCAUUUACAAAGCAUGCGUAAGGGAGCAGGUAGCUUCUUCCUGCUAUUCCCUUUGCGCAUGGCGUACGAUGCAAUCGGUCGAAGUAACACCGUGAUUGGUGUAUGGUUACAGAAUGUUCUGCAACAAAUCCACAAUGGACAAAGUGGAAGAUGGGCGACUGCAAAAUAUCUAUUGGAUAUUAAGCCACAGCAAAGCAGAGGGAACUCGCCGAGUAUCAUUUAG